AUGACUUCGAUUCAAGAACGGAGCACUAAAGCUCAUCUUCAUUCUGUUAAAGAGGGUGAAGUUACCGGCCAUCCUAAUGAGAUGUUACUCAAGCAAAGGAACUUAGUAGGGUCUCACAUCCAAUGCCCAUCAUCCCAGACGGCUUUAGGGAGAUCUAGGGCUGGCAGUAACACGAUGAAUAAAGUUUCAGGCUUAGACAUUGCUCGAAGGCCAAGUGAAAAUUUACUAUUGAACAUGCACAGUAAUAAUGACGAUAAUGAGGGAAAAAUCCUGAACUCAUUUGUUAAUACGGCUCUGCCACCACCGAAAGUGAAUGGUGUUCAAACGAGACGUGAACGCCCCGCUUCCAAUAGCUCAAUUGGUACCAAGACUACCGAAGUGUUUUCCUCCACUUCCGGAUCCUCCUCCUUGGAAGAUACUAGUGAUGAGGGAGACAAUCACGAUGCCGAGAAAUGUAGGCUAAGUGGUAUGUCCAACAUUUUAAUGGACAGGGCCACCCAAGGUAUACGUACCACUGAGAAUGAAACGAGAAGGGCAAGUAGCCAGUCUAGUAUAGAAACAACUACUGAUAGUGUUAAAACUGCACUACAGAAAAGCACAUCCUUAGAUGAAACUGCAAUGGAAACAUCCCUAAAUAACUCUAGACGAUCUUACCAAGAACAAUUUUAUGCAAAGAAAAAUCAAGCAUCGAUGCUUAACAGCAAACAAAGAACACGUGCUAAAUCGCAAACCUUUUCUUCCAUAGGCCAUAAGAAUCCCUAUUCUCCCUUACAAACAUUUGGUAUAGCCUCCAAUUUUUCUAAUUCAACUAGUCGGUUAGAGGCCUCUUCACUCGAAUCUAAUAUUCCAUCACAAAAACCCUUGAAUGGCAAGGCUUUAACCCCAUCUCAAAAGUAUAGACUUCGUAAAGAGCAGUCAGAAACGAACUUAAGAAAUACUAUCAAAAGAAGAGAGAAAUUCUAUGAAAGUCAAGAACAGAUCAUUGAAUUACAAGAAGGAGACAUAGACGACUCAUUGAUUUGGAAUGUCCCUAUGGCAUCAUACUCGACAAAUUCUUUUUUGGCAUCAGCAAAACCCGAAGAUAUGAAUCACUUGACCGCCAAUAAUGUCCCAUCAGAAUUUUCGGAAGACUCUAUGAACGAUAAUACUGACACGAAACAAUCACAUAGACAUUCAAACACAUCGUUUGCGAGCACAACCUCAAAUGCUUCUCUGUUAGAUUACAAUGAAAUGCCUACAUCCCCAAUCCCUGGGUUGAACAAAGUAUCUGAUUUCCAAUUUAUUCAAGACACAACAAAAAGUUUAGCUUCUGUUUAUUUGCAUUCUUCUAAUAGGCUUUCAAGAACCAAACUGUCCGACAGAACCAAAUCAUCUGAAUUUUUACCACUAGAGUUAAAAGAAGCUCAAAAUCAAGGUAUGGAAGAUCUAAUACUCAUAUCAGAAGGCAAACUGGAUGCAGUAAGUCACUCAAGGCCAAGUUGGCUACCUCCUAAGGACCGUCAAGAGAAAAAAAUUCAUGAAAAGCAAAUCAACAAAAGCAUGAGUGUUGCGUCUCUUGAUCAAUUAGUGAAGAAUAAAGGUAAAGAAGAAAAAUUGAUUAGAGACGACACAAAUAGACAGAAAUAUGUGCUAUUAUUGGACAGAGACAUAACAAGAAACUCCUCUUUGCAAAGCCUAUGUAAAAUGGUUUGGGAUACUCCAUUUAGUGAUGACACUAGAUCAUCAAUAUACAGCGAAAUUCUUCAAAGUAAGGCUAAAUUUAUUACCAGGAAUUUUAUCCAACCAUUUAGCGAGCUUCAGGACCUGUUAACAAGAAUGGGAGAUUUCCCCAAAAACAAAGAAGUUGAAAUCUCAAAAAUUAUUGAAACAAGUUUAAAGCGAAAAGUGAACGGCUUGGAUGACAUAUCACCGCAGUUAAUGCUAAUGUUGAAAUUAAAAUCCAUCUCGUCACAGGGUAUAGUUACUGGUGACGAACUCUUAUUCCAUCACUUCCUCGUGAGUGGAUCAUUUCAGGGCUUAGGACUUGAGGAAAUUUGGAACAUCGUCAAUUUGGUGCAAAUGACAUGUUUCAACGAUCUAUGUAAAGAGAAAUUCGAUUCUAAGAUCCUAGAACGUAAGGGCGUGGCCGCCGGAUACUUACUGCAAAAUGAUGAAUUCAAAAAUGAAUUUAAUACAGAAUGUAUCAACUUCAACACGUGGUGGAACAUCUUGGAACGCAUUGAUCACAAACUUUUCAUGUGGGUCAUGGAUAUCAUAGUAGUGAACAAUUCUCAGAGUUACAAAAAUAGCCCCAUCAAUGAAAACGAAUUUUCCAGCAGGGAUUGGGAAUAUUAUCGUUCCAAAAAAGUUGUGACUAACUACAAGAUCUUGGUUUCAUUUGCAUUGAAUGUAUUAUUGAACUAUCAUUUUGGGUUCAGUGACUUAAAAAGCCUUUGUCACGUAGGUGACCAAAGGUUUUGCAUCCCCGUAUUCAUCGACGAUGAACUAGUAGACACAGAUACCGUUAACGACGUGUUUAUAAAAAAAUGGGCCCACUAUUACAAAAAGUUUUGA